AUGUCGGAACCUGAACUUGCAUACAUGACUGACUCCAACGAAAGCGCCUUCGACCUCCCUCGCUGGCAGACUCACCUCGACCCCGUCCCCUCCAGCAUCCAGGCGCAACCAUCGUAUCACUACGCACAACCGCCACCGCCGCCACCCCAGUCCAUGACUGCGGGCCCGGCUCAGCGUCUUCCACCGAUACAACAUCAAGCAUCAGCUGGUGCUGUAAGGCAACAGCCUCGAAUUUCUCAGCUUUUAGAGCAGGAUCAGCAGCUGGGGGUCAAUAGUCCUUCAUAUCUUUCCCCGACUCAGUCCCAGCUUUCUCGCAGCGCGUCGCUUGGUGGAGGCCCAGGUAAUUCGGCAUCUGCUUCAAGGGGAGGCAGGCGGCACCAUCAAUUAGAGGAUUUGGAAGGCGCUUUUCACGGUGGCACUCAGACCCCAUCAAGGCAGCUUUCACAACCUGGUCCAAAUUCGCUUUAUUCGUCAAGCGUUGGAUAUCAGCCGCAAUCACUAGCGGGCACCAAUCCACCGCCAAAUCCUCCCACAUCAAUGUCUGCGGACACCUACUCGGACAUGUACUACACCAACCCGAACGAGCAGCCUCCCAAGAGAGCUGCAACUACCCACGACUCCAGUACUUCUUCACGAGGCGGCCGUUCUCCCUUGCGAAGCACUAACCAGUCAGGGCCCAACGCACUGCUCGAUCCCUACUCACCUCAGCAGUAUUCACCGUCCAACAGCGCUUCGUACACUACAUACGCAAGUCCCCCGGACCAGCGCAACAGCCAGCCCACGGUGUAUCACGCUCGCAAUCAAUCACAGGUCAAGACGGAGCCAAGCGAUCCUUCUUUCUCUCCCCGGACGCCAAUGCACGCCACGACGGCGUUUCCACCAUCUGCGUAUUCGAUGGAAUCAGGCAGCCCCCACCCCUCAUCUCAAAGCCAAUCGCAUCUCAACACACACACGCCUGCCCGUCCUACGUCUAUCUCUAACCCGGGGACACCGAUGUCUGCCUACCAUCCGUCCUCUUCGCCGUACUACCAAGACCAGGCCAUGGCCGUUGAUGCCCCGUCGCAGAGGCGGCGUGUCGGCCUCCGUAGGAUACGGGACGCCCGUGAGCUUCAACCGCGUGUUGAUGUACAACCUGUUGGGCGGAGAAUGGGGAGCGACGGUACAUAUCUUUCGCCCUUGAGGCUUUUGACCACACAUAUCGUGGAUACAUAUCGUAUUUGCAACCCACAAUUCCGAUACGAGUCUACGCACAAUCCACGCCGGGUCCUGACGAAGCCCAGCAAGCCGGUGCAUAACGAAGGCUACGAUAACGAAGAUUACGACUACAUCUUAUAUGUGAACGACUGCUUGGGCUCGGAUGAUGGCCAUAAGUACCUGAUACUCGACAUCCUCGGACAAGGGACCUUUGGGCAGGUCGUGAAGUGCCAGAACAUGAAGACUCAUGAAAUUGUCGCGGUGAAAGUCGUGAAAAACAAGCCCGCGUACUUCAACCAAAGUAUGAUGGAAGUUACCAUUUUGGAGCUCCUCAACAAACAAUGCGACCCCAACGAUGAGCAUCACAUCUUGCGCUUGCGUGACUCAUUCAUCCACCGAAGCCACUUGUGUCUCGUCUUUGAGCUACUGUCAUCCAACUUGUACGAACUCAUCAAGCAAAACCAGUUCCAAGGCCUCAGCACGCAGCUAGUCAAGGUCUUCAUGGCCCAGCUUCUUGACGCGCUUACAGUCCUCAAAGAGGCUCGUCUGAUCCACUGUGACUUGAAACCAGAGAAUAUAUUGCUGAAGUCUUUGCAAUCUCCAGAAAUAAAAAUAAUCGACUUUGGCUCGGCUUGCCACGAACGCCAAACGAUUUACACCUAUAUCCAGUCGCGGUUUUACCGUUCUCCGGAGGUGCUGUUAGGGAUGUCAUAUACGGCGUCCAUCGACAUGUGGUCUUUAGGUUGCAUUGCUGUUGAGUUAUUCCUGGGGUUGCCGCUGUUCCCCGGUACAAGCGAGUAUAACCAGCUAACGCGAAUCGUUGAGAUGCUCGGAAUGCCACCGCUGAGCAUGUUGAAUACUGGGAAGCAAACCAACCAGUUCUUCGACUCGUUUGAGGCUUGGAACGCCCACAAUAACCAAAACGAGAAAAAGUACCGUCUGAAGACCAUUGAACAGUACUCCCGGGAGCACAAUACAAACGAGCAACCGGGAAAGCAGUAUUUCAAGGCGACCACGCUUCCUGAUAUCAUCAACACCGCUCCGAUGCCCACAUUCAAAUCAUCUUCGAGACAGGGACACGAAAUGGAGAAAGAAUUGAACAACAGGGCUUCCUUCAUUGAUUUCUGCCAGGGGCUCCUGAAUCUCAACCCUGUUACGAGAUGGACCCCCCAACAAGCACGGCAACAUCCCUUCAUUACGGGCGAAAAAUGGGCUAAGCCUUUCGUAGUACGUGCUGAUUUAUUAUCUCCUCCGUUUGUUCUCAUAAUUCCUAAGCCGGAUGGUGGGCAUGCCGUUGUACAAUCCAUGCCUAGUGGCGCACCGGACCCGAAGCGCCCGUAUGGUGGACUGGUGCCGUCCCAACCUAAGGGAACGCGUGCAUACCAAGAUGCCGCAUCUUACAAUCAGCAUCUUGCACAGCACCAGGUUUACACGGCGCAGGCUCAGGCCGCUUCUCAGGCCGCGAGUUCUUAUCGUAAUCCGUACAUCAACCCACAAACCUCCCAACCGGCGCAGUCCUACGUUCCUUCUCAAGAUACCAAUAGCCAGAGUUACCAACAGCAUUCACAAUACCCCAACCAAUCAUCCCAUCGUGCCUUGGCGCACCAAAACUCGACCGGCCAAUUGACGUCUAGCAACACCGUGCCCCAAUAUCCCCCACAUCCCAACAAUCCUGCGUCCAUUAGUGCUGCUACCCACUUGAACCCCAAUGUACGGACAAAUUCCCAAUACCCCAAUUCACGGGCACGGGCUAACACGAUCAACCAGAUGGACUCGAUCCCUCCGGCCCUCGCUCGCCUCCAGCACAUGAACCAGGACGUUAUAGCCGGACGGAACGCGCUUACCCCGGUCCUGAACAGAGAUGAUGCCAUGCGGGAAUGGGAGAGAAGGCAGACGGGCAAACCGGCUGCUGCUCAGCCGUACCCCCAGCUCGAAUAUCUGCAGCAGCAGGCGGAAUUGGCUGCCGCGUCUGGGAUGGCUGGAUGGACGCCUUCGGCUGCGAACCGUUACGUUGCUCCGCCGUCCAAGCUAUCGCACUCGUACCAUCCGACAAUCGUUGUUGACGAUGAUCGUCGGGACGUCGUGAUGUCGAACGUUCGGUCAGCUGCACGCACUGACAAUCCCAAUGUGAUGUACAGCGGGGGUGGCGUGAUAUCGAGUCCCCCUCAGGCAUAUUCGAGCAACGCAAUGACUUCUGGAAACCGGUAUCCUGCGAACUACCCUCCAUCUCAGCCUCAAACAACGGUGCCUUUCGACGAUCGUCGACCGGAUAUUGGGAAUAUUUACAUGCCUAUGCAGCCUGAUCAAUACCAGUCAUACAACAACGCUUCAACGUCUGGCGUUGCUUCUCGACAUGUUGCGCCUCCCCAGCAAGCUGUACCUCCAUCGUUCUACGGUGCAGGGGUUGUGCCGUCAGGAACCAACCAGCCACAGCGCAAUCCGUUCUCGGUCGCUGAUGCCAAUCAACAACCUAUGUCAGCAGGGAAAGACAACCGACGGAGCAAUGGCAUGGACUCGUGGCCUAGAUAA